AAAAGGAUCAUGUGAUUCGUUCACAAAUCACAACCGUCUUUCCUUGUUUUGAUGUGCAACUUGAGAGAGGCCAAAUAAUUCACUUUGGGUUUUGAGUAUUUGACGGUUGCUUUGGUUUGCUUUGCGUUAUCAGCUCACUUUCUUCCAAAGCCAGUAGAUCCAUCGCUCUCAUUUAUUAACUGCCACGACCCUUUCUCAUGCUCUUGUGUUUCUUUUAUUAAUUUGUUGUUAAUCUUAAAUUUUAUUGAUACUGAAGAAGCAAACAAAAAGCCAACAAUCAUUGAUUUCUGUAAUGCAAAUAAACAAGGGAACUUCAAACAGUCCCUAAGGUAGACGGAUUAAGAAUAUAAGGGAAACUCCAUCAAUGGAUUUGCGGUGUUUUUGCAGAGUCUUCCUAAUAACAGCUCUGAUUUCACUUGUUCGACAGCCGUUUUCUGUUAGAGCCGGUGAUAUAGUACACGACGAUGAUUUAGCUCCGAAAAAGCCCGGUUGUGAGAACGAUUUCGUUCUGGUCAAAGUUCAAACCUGGGUUGAUGGCAUAGAGAAUGCCGAGUUUGUUGGUGUAGGUGCCAGAUUUGGUAGUACUAUAGUAUCAAAGGAGAAAAAUGCAAAUCAAAGACGCCUCAUUCUUUCUGACCCUCGAGAUUGUUGUAGUGCCCCAAAGAAUAAGCUUGCUAAUGAUGUCAUUAUGGUGGACCGAGGCCACUGCAAGUUCACAACCAAGGCAAACAAUGCACAGGCAGCUCAUGCUUCAGCUGUUCUCAUUAUAAAUAAUGAAAAGGAACUCUACAAGAUGGUAUGCGAGCCAGAUGAAACCGAUCUGGAUAUAGAUAUACCUGCUGUCAUGCUCCCACAAGAUGCUGGUGCAAGCUUGGAGAAAAUGCUGACAAGUAAUUCGUCAGUGUCUGUACAGCUUUACUCUCCGACGCGACCACUAGUUGACAUAGCUGAAGUGUUCCUAUGGUUGAUGGCAGUUGGUACCAUAUUGUGUGCUUCGUAUUGGUCUGCUUGGAGUGCUAGAGAAGCUGCUAUUGAACAGGACAAACUAUUAAAGGAUGCCUUGGAUGAAAUUCCCGACACCAUACCUGUAGGUUCUGGUGGUAUUGUGGACAUCAACAUCACAUCAGCUGUCUUAUUUGUUGUCGUUGCUUCCUGCUUCUUGGUUAUGUUUUACAAACUUAUGUCAUAUUGGUUUGUUGAGCUCUUGGUGGUUCUUUUCUGCAUAGGUGGUGUGGAGGGCCUUCAAACUUGCUCGGUUGCUUUACUGUCAAGGUGGUUCAAGCAUUGUGGAGAGUCAUAUAUUAAAGUGCCUUUUUUUGGAGUUCUCUCGUACCUUACAUUGGCUGUUUCCCCCUUCUGCAUAGCAUUUGCUGUCGUUUGGGCUGUUUAUCGCGAUGUUUCCUUUGCUUGGAUAGGUCAAGAUAUAUUGGGAAUUGCUCUGAUAAUCACAGUUCUGCAAAUUGUCCACGUACCUAAUCUCAAGGUGGGAACAGUUCUACUAAGUUGUGCCUUCUUAUACGACAUUUGGGUAUUUGUUUCAAAAAAGUUGUUCCAUGAAAGCGUGAUGAUUGUGGUAGCUCGUGGGGAUAAAAGUGGGGAGGAUGGCAUCCCAAUGCUACUGAAGAUACCACGCAUGUUUGAUCCAUGUGGUUAUAGCAUAAUAGGAUUUGGUGACAUUCUUUUACCUGGAUUGUUGAUAGCAUUUUCACUCAGGUAUGAUUGGCUGGCGAACAAGACUCUUCGAGCUGGCUACUUCUUGUGGGCAAUGGUUGCUUAUGGCUUAGGUCUUCUCAUUACAUACGUGGCUCUGAAUUUGAUGGAUGGACAUGGUCAACCAGCACUCCUUUACAUUGUCCCUUUUACACUGGGAACCUUUAUAACCCUAGGAAAAAAGAGAGGUGAUCUAAGAGUCCUGUGGACAAGAGGAGAACCAGCAAGACCCUGUCCCCAUAUCCGACUCGAACAUCAGCAUCAUGAAGAGUUGGGUGAUGACGACCAUUAGUAAGACCCUUUUCCUUUUAUUGUAUUGUAGAAAUUGCUGUGUUACUGAGGCUGUUCAUUUGAAACUUACUUUAGCUCUAGCAUAAGUCUUGAUGCUCUUUGAAGCUAAUGAGGUGGGGCAUGUUAUCAAUUAACAAAGAUAGUGUGUCAUUCAGAAGAAAACAAAACAAGUGUGCAUUUGAUAAGCUU